AUUCGCAUGUCUCCCUGCGUCCGCGUGUGUUUCUGUAGGCGAGGACACAUAUGGUGAUGAGACUGAGCACAUGUGUUAUUGUCGCCUCCUCCAAGUUAAUCUCUGAAGGGGAGGUGUGGUUUCCUCCUUCUCUUGGAUCCCAGUACUGAAUAUUCAACAGCUUUUUGCCUCAAGCUUUCCAUCAAACGUCAGUUUUGACUGCGAAACCAUCGGUGGUUCGAUUUUUUUUUUAAUACUUUACCUGGCUUUGGUCUUCUGCUAUCUGUCUAAAAUGAGUUUCAGCAGUGACAUGGAUGAGACGGAAGAGGGGAGCAACAGAGAGUUUGAGAGCGUGGAGAUGAAUAAGCUGCGUCAGAGCCUGCGCAGGAAGAAGCCCACCUACGUGCCGGAAGCCAGUCGGCCACACCAAUGGCAAGCAGAUGAAGAGGCUGUACGGAAGGGCAAAUGCAACUUUCCUGUCCGGUACCUCGGUCUGGUGGAGGUAGAGGAGUCCAGAGGGAUGCAUGUGUGCGAAGAUGCAGUGAAAAAACUGAAACUGAGUGGGAAAAAAACUGUCAAGGCUGUGCUUUGGGUGUCGGCUGAUGGCCUGAGAGUAGUGGACGAUAAAACUAAGGACCUCAUUGUUGACCAGACCAUUGAGAAAGUGUCUUUCUGCGCACCUGACCGUAAUUACGAUAAGGCAUUCUCCUACAUCUGCCGUGAUGGAACGACUCGCCGCUGGAUGUGCCACUGCUUCAUGGCCUUGAAGGACUCGGGUGAACGUUUGAGUCAUGCAGUUGGAUGCGCCUUUGCUGCUUGCCUUGAGCGGAAGCAACGCAGAGAGAAGGAGUGCGGGGUCACGGCUUCCUUCGAUGCAAGCCGCACCUCGUUCGUGAGGGAAGGCUCCUUCCGCAUCUCCUCUGCUGGACAGCAAAGUGACCGGGAGGACAUCAUGAAACAGCUGCAGGACAAAAAGAAAGAAGCAUGUUAUAUUUCUGGAAUGCCACCUGGAAAUGCUUCUCCUCCAGAGGGAGCGGCUUCACCUGGGGAGAGGGCGGAGCCAGGCGGGCCUCACGCCAUCCCGCGCCGACACGCUCCUAUCGAGCAGCUGGUGCGGCAGGGCUCCUUCCGAGGCUUCCCUCAACUUAGCCAGAAGAACUCACCUUUCAAACGGCAGCUCUCUCUACGCUUGAACGAUCUCCCAUCAACCCUUCAGCGCAAGACGGACUUCCAGACCAAGAACCCAGUUCCAGAGAUGGAUCUGUCUUUGGCAGGAGAGGCAGACAGCAUAAACGCUCUGUGCAGCCAAAUCAACAACUCUUUCACCAAACCAUCUGAGGACCUGUGUGCCAAAGCUAUCAGCAACUGCUUGCCAGUUUGCAGCGCUCCACCUGCCAUUCCCCCUCCACCUGCUCCACUGCAAGCUACAAGCUCAUGGGUUCAAACAGAGCCUGCUGUCCAGUCUCCUGCUCCCGUGCCUCAGGGGGGCCACAAACGGACCCCAUCUGAAGCAGAGCGCUGGCUGGAAGAGGUUGCUAAAGCGGUUAAAGCCCAGCAGCAGACUCCACCUACCCUACCGCCACCACCCACUCAGCAACCUCCACCCAUGUCCACUAUUCCCAUCGCACCUGGUUCCCUCCCCACCUCAAUGCAGCCAUUCCCAAUGGCCUUUGACGUCACUCCCGCACCUGUUGGCAUGUUCGCCCAACAGCCUCUUCAACCGGCUUUUGUACCUAUGCAGGCAUAUAUGCCCACUCUGGCCAACAGCAUGACCUAUCCCAAUGCCAGUGUGCCCGUGGUGGGCAUCACACCGUCGCAAAUGGUAGCUAAUGCAUUCUGCUCUGCAGUCAGUACAGGGGGCGGAGCAGCGAUGGGAAUCGGGAUGGGGCCUAAGACAGGUACGCUUGGUGGUGGCCAACAUUCGGCUUUCCCCACCCUGCCCGGAGGUUUCCCAACCACCACAUUCGCCUCUCCUCCAACCAUCAACGGCCACCCACACAACUCCUUUCCAUCAACGGCCGCGACCACCAGUGUUACUCAAAACGGUAGUACCAUAAAAAGCGGUACUAGUUGGCCGAUGGAGAGUCUGAAUCCGAAUCCCACAGGAAGUUCCCAGGAAGCAGAGCAUUUUGAGGCAAAGUGGGCUGCUCUGGAGUCCAAAUCGCAACCGAAGGCGCAAAACCCUUUUUCGAAUGACUUACAAAAGACUUUUGAGAUUGAACUAUAAUUGUAAGGAGACUGAAAGUUUGGAACUGUUUCAUAACCCUUUCCCCUUCCCUUUUUUUGGUCUCCGAAAGGGUUUUCUUACGCUCCUGGUCUGUUUGAGGGUAUUGGUUGUUGUAAAAGAUCAUCCGGUUGCAUUUUGUGUCAUUUCGAGAGUCAGACUCAAGAUUUGGAGAACGGAAAGACAGUCACAAUGGUUCGGCACUUACGGGACAGCUUAAAAGAGAAACCUGCACAUUACUUUCACCAGUAAUGACCCUUUUACCUAAAGGAAAUGCUGAAAUUAGGGGAUGGUCAGAAUCUAUUUAUUGUUUUUAUUUGAUUAUAAUGGUUAUUUUAAAUCAGAUUUGAAUUAUUCUUGGGUUUCCCUUAUUUAUUUUUAUUGAACAGGGUGAAAAAUUACAAGUGGAAUAAAUUGGCUACUUGAAAACUGAGUCACCAAAUGAUAGAUUUAAAAAUAAUUUGAGCUACAGUAUCUUGUUGAACAAUGAGUUUACUUUGUGAUGUAAAUAGCAUGCUUUCAGUUUACUUUUAUUUAUUGCCCCUUCUGUGGCCGUUUAGUUUCAUUAAUUUCAGUCGUGACCAUUGAAGCAUCAGCUCUGAACCAAGUGGACACGAAAAGUUCCACCAACAGGCACAUUCCAACCCUGACUAUAUUAUUGACACCCAUAAUGCAAUGAAAAACUAGACCAAAAUGCCAGUGUAGUAACCUUGACCUUUGUUUAUUGACAUGGAACCUUUUCUGGAACAACUUUACUGAGGGUUAUAGUUUUAUUUUUUAUAAUAUGUUUAAGUCGACAAUAACAUUACCUUCAAUAGGAUUCAUGGGGCUUCUCAGUUAUUAAGAAUGUAUUUCAAAAACUUUUUGACCAUUCUAGGGCAUUAAAAUGACAAAAUGGGUUAGAAUGGGUAGUUGUGAAGAGCAACUGUAUUAGAAAAUAUUAGAAAAGGGUUGAAGAGGGAGGUUAUAGUGUCCGUUUAUGCAAGCAAUGGAACGACUACACAGACUCUUAAAGGGACAGAGUCAAAUGGUACCGGUCAUGCAUGUUUAAAAUAUCCCAUAUUACAGUAUCUUAAAACAUUGAAUAUGCAUAUUAGCUUGGCUUUCGUUUCUUAUCACCACUGUUUCACUCUCGCUGGUCUAAGAAAGGGAAUAAUUGUCUUUAAUUGCAGGUGAAUAAUGUCAAGCACUCUCUACACAAUAGGAUCUCAUGCAAUUAUUCUAAAAUCAAAUCCUUCUCAUUCAUGAGGUUCAUAUUUUCUCCAACGUUGUGCGUUUAGGCACAUUUAUCAUUUAAAGAGGUCAUAUGAUGCUAUUUUAAACGUUUAUUUUGUUUAUUGUGUGUAAUGUAAUGUUAAAAAAACGCAUUAUUUUUCACAAUGCGUAAACUAUUGCAGUACCUCUAUUCCCAGUCUGUCUGAAAUCCCAGGUUCAAGAAGCUGUCCUCCGUAAAAUGCGCUGUACACAAGCUAACUUUUGGGUUUUAUUGUGCAGGAAGGAACAGUGUUAUAAAUAAAUCUUAACCACUUAUUCCUUAUUUCAUCUGUUUUCUGCUGGCCAAACAAAGGGAAUUUGUUUCCGCAUCCAAACACACGACAUGAUC